GAGUUAAAGAGCUACUUGGUUGUCGGUUGUGUGAUUUAAUACAGUCAGCAACCACUCAAUGAGAGAGACUCAACCAUUGAGAUCAACAUUAUCAGCAAUCAUUUUAUCCCUUUAAACACUGUAAGUUUGUUUACACUGACAAAGACAGCGUACAAAAAGUGAUGAAAACACACAAAGCAAGCCAACAACAAAGUGCCCUUAAAACUAACCUAAAUCAACCAAACAGCAAACACUUUUCCACCUAAAAUUCAAGUUUGAUAAACCCAUUAAUUCAUUAUUUUUUUCUGUUCAUUUUUGCAAAAUUGUUGAACCAAGAAGAAGAACCAAAAAGAACCCAAAAAAUAAAGUAGUAAACCUCUCGAAAUCGAAACGUCUAAAGCUCGAAAUUAAAGUUAUCCUUCAAGUUGAACAUAAUUGUGCUGCUAGUGUUUCAUGUGAAUUCACUUGUGUAUCGUGUAUUUUCAAUUUGAUUAACCCAAACGUCGUAACCAAAACAAAAAGGAAUCAAAAAGGUUGACCAAAAGAAAAGACCUUUAGUCGAUAAAUUACGAAGGUAAAAGAUGACCAAAAAGAUGACGUCGGUUUCCAUAUUAUAUCAUCACUGUAUUAAACGAUUAAAAUGAUGGAUAAAAAUGUUUACCUCUUUCCUAGUGAAUAAAUGAUUAAACAUGAAUACAGCAUCGAUUGGUUAUUAUAACUCAAGUGGAAUUGCCUGGAGUCCUGGUUAUCUGUUUACCAGUCCACCAUCAUCGAUUCAUCUUUCAUCAUCACCUUUGUUACUCUCACCUUACCCAUCACCAUCAUCUUCACCACUCUCAUCUUCACCGUCACUCAUCCCAUCAAGUGAAGUAAAGGUUAAAUCAUCCAACUCGUCUCUUGUUUUACCCUCAACAGAAUCAACCUCAACCUCAUCAAGCUCACCAUCACCGUCAACCUCACCCUCAUCAUCGGCCUCUUUUCAUUCUUCUCAUGCUCAUCACCUUUUACACCAUCCAACGACAACAACCACAUUACUAUUGUUACCUCUUUCAUCCAGCUCAUCCUUUUCCUCUUCACUCUCAUUACCCUCAACUGAAUCACUCUCAUCUGAUUCAUCAACUUUAUCACCGUUAACCGGCCACUUGCCGGUCACUUUUACCUCCACCUAUUUUCCCACAUCAAAUAAUACACUUGAAACAAUGUCUACAUCCUAUUCUUCAGGGUCAACCCUGAGUCCAGGUGAAAUGGGUGAAGUGUUUAUCACCUGGCAAGAGGUGACAAUAUUGUUGCUUAAAAUAAUUGGCUGUGGAUGUAUCAUUUUAAUGGCCAUCUUUGGUAAUCUAUUGAUAAUUAUUAGUGUCUAUCGUCAUCAACGAUUACGAAUAACAACCAACUAUUUUGUUGUCUCGUUAGCCUGUGCCGAUAUUUUGGUGGCUCUUUUUGCCAUGACCUUUAAAGCCUCAGUUGCCAUUACAGGUAAAUGGUUUCUGGGUAAAUUGGUUUGUGACUUUUGGAAUUCCUGUGAUGUCCUAUUCUCAACGGCUUCCAUCAUGCAUCUCUGCUGUAUCUCAGUUGACCGUUAUUAUGCCAUCAUUAAGCCACUUGAUUAUCCAAUGAAAAUAACUAACCGAGCGGUUGCCAUAAUGCUGGCCGUGGUCUGGGUAAGCUCAACGUUAAUCUCUUUUGUUCCCAUUUUUACCGGCCUCUAUACAACAAGUGAACACAUUAAUUAUCAAAAAACCCAUCCGGAUGAGUGCUCAUUCAAAGUUAACCUUCCCUAUUCACUAAUAUCAUCAUCCGUCUCAUUCUGGAUUCCUUGUACUGUGAUGUGUGUUACCUAUUGGAGGAUUUAUGUUGAAGCAACCAAACAAGAAAAGAUGCUCUACAAGCACACCCAAAUGAUACCCAAAGUCCAAAAAAGUCACCAUCAUCACCACCAUCAACACCAUCAUCAUCAUCAUCAGCAACAACAACAACAACAACAACAGCAACAUACUCAAAACACCACAGGAGCCAGUACAGGCAGUGCUAGUGGUCCACCAGGCAAUAAUAGUAAUAAUAUCAACAACAACAACAAUAAUAGUUCUAAUAGUAAUAAUAAUAAUGUGACCUGUGAGAGUAGUUCAAUUCCUUUAGAAACUGGUAAUGGAUCGUCAUCAUCAGGAUCUCAUAUAACGGUCCAUGCACCGCCACAUCGCAACUCUCAUGGUGAUGACACUGAAAGUGGACAAUCAACGCCAACCAAACGUUGCAUCAAUAAAAUGAAACGUGAACAUAAAGCGGCCAAAACUCUUGGUAUCAUUAUGGGAGCUUUCAUUGCUUGUUGGUUACCCUUUUUUGUUACAUAUGUUACAACCUCAGUGUGCGGUGAUUCUUGUGUUGACUUCCCUGACAUUGUGGUUGACACUCUUUUCUGGGUGGGCUACUUUAACUCUGCCAUUAAUCCAGUCAUCUAUGCGUACUUUAACCGUGAAUUUAGGGAAGCCUUUAAGGAGACAAUACAGAAUGUUUUCUGUUGUUGCCUUCAAGUUGAAUGCCUCCAAGGUCCAAGGAAUAAUUCAGCGAUUCACUUUAACUGUACCUACAGGUCAACCCAGGAUAUUGGUCUGGUUGAGAACAAGUAUGUAAAAGAUUGACAAAUGGUUUAAAUGGCUGGGAAAACAAACAACAAGAAUCGCAAAUGUCCCCAAAAAUGGACUCGAACAUGAAGAAGCCAAAAGUCUGUCAGAGAUGAAAAGCCAUCAACACCAGAAAACAACAUCCAACAUCCUUUCCUCUUUAACCUUGUUUCGUUUCAUUUCGAGUUGAACUCAUAAUCGUUUCUUGCCUUCUUCAUGGAAACGGCACAAACAAGUAAGAGAGAAAGUCAACCAAAAAACAAACCAAACUCUGAACACCCAACUUCGAAGACGAAAACUGAAUGCACAUAAUUGUUGUAUUAUGUGUGAUAUAACUAUAUUCAGCCCGUAAAAUUGAAGUGAACCUGACAUUUUUUUACAUCAUUUUUUCAUUCAACAUCAAUUAGCAUUUGAUUGCUGUUUUCAGGCAAAAGGCAAAACGUUAUCAUUUAUUGCCAUUUGCGUCUUUUUUGCCCUUUAAUUGAUCAACAAGAGAAAGUGUUUGAUCAAUAUUGAAUUUGCUAUUUGAAUAAAAAAAA